AUGCAUCGUAAACACGCUGCCCCUCGGAUCGUGGAGGCCUCACCAGGUUCUUCUGUAUCGGCAUGCCAAUCCUUCACAGCCGAGCUGCGGCGCAGACAAGAGGUGCCCCGGUACGAUCCGACAGGACUCUCGCCUUCACUAGCGUUGGAUGGCACCACAGCGACCAUAGUGGUGCGGACUGGCAAUGAAAGCCAGAACCAGCUCCUGCCUCUGACGGCUUCCGGUGCCAAAGACAUCGUGCACUGGGUGUCUUAUGUCUACGCCUUGGAUGAUCUGGGCAACCUCGUUGCGCUCUGUGAGCUGCUGCCGACAGACCCGUCCCCUGGCCCUUGCGCUUUCGAGGUUCCUGAUGGAAUUGUUUUCUUGAGGCCGUAUGCGUACAGCAACCAGCUCGGCCUCUACAUUGGCGAUGUUGUGCAGGUGUCGGUGACAAAUUCCAGCGCGUCCCGGCAAUGCUUCAAGCGAGAAUGUUCUGCCUCCCAGCCCUCCUUGGCUUCGAGCCCCAUCCGCAGCGAGGCCGUAGAUGAGAUGAUGCGAGAUCAACAGGUUGCCACCGACAGGAUAGAUUCGGGGAACAUGUGCUUGCAGCACACUGCGGUCUACUAUGUGGCAAGGUCCUUGGUUCCACAGGGCCUGCAGGAGGACAUUGACCUGUUGACACGACCGGGCAGUGCACCAAGCGAUGUAGCAACGCGCUUCGACAUCUUUCCUGGCCUCUUCGGGAAGCUCAAUGCGCUUGGUGGACGGUGGUCGGCACACGAACUGGUCUUUGCGCACACGAUGCAGGAUGCUAAUGGAAGCCAGCCGACUCUUCGUACGGGCUUGAUCAACGAGGCACUGACCCGCUUCUCGCAGGACACGGCGCGGCGAGGUCAGCCGGUUUAUGCGGACGGGGUGCUGGCCCCGAUCGUGGAGUUCUCUCAGGAGUUGCUUCUCAUCAAUGCGACUUUUGCCAUGGACUGGGGCUAUGGCAACUUCAAGAGUCUAGGCCCUCACUAUACAAUCUUCUACACGCCUGAGUUUUUGCAAGAGUAUGUGAAUGUCAUGCUUUGUGCGAAGACGCGGGGCUGGAUGGGCAUUGGCUGGCUGAACCCCUCCCGCGACGAAUCCAGUCUUAUGGUCCGAACCGACAUGGUUGUUGCCUUCGUGGAGGAUGGACAAGCAGUUGUGCAGGACCGGUUCGCAUUUUCGAUCGAGGAGCCGAUUAAAGACGAGAUGCUCGCAGACCAACGCCCUGACGAUGUGGGCAACUUGCUCAACGGGAGAAACGAUUUGACUCUAAUCCCAGGCAGCUUGGGCUUGCCCGGACUUGAAUGGUGCUCGGACGCCACUUGCAGCCUUGGAUUCAGCCUGGUACAAUUCAAGCGAGCAUUCGCAACAGAAGAUGCAUACGACAUCAGGCUCCCUGCCAAAAGUGCCAAGCUUGGCCUGAUCUAUGCCUGGGGCAACCGUGACCCGUUCGCCACCUACAUGGAACAGCAUGGUGGAGGUGACCGAGGCUAUGUUGAAUUGCAAUGGAACCUGGAUUGUGUGCCUGGAACCUUUUUCGACAUUGCAAGUGCCGAUUGCAAGCCAUGCGACAAAGGCUUCUUUCGACCUGCUUCAGCUCCGGUACACACAUGCCUUCGGGCACCUCCUGGAACCUUCCAGAAUGAGACAGGCCAGGCAGUUGCCAAGACAUGCAAAGAGGGCUUCACGACCACUUCCGCCGGCUCCACGGAUGAGUUUGCAUGCGUUUGUCCUGGGCCUUCGCUGUCUCUGCCCAAUGGCAAGUACCAUGUCGACACCUGCGAGGGAGAAGAGAAGAAGGACAUCUUUGGCGUACCCAUGCCCUGUGCUCGCCUGGGAAGAUGUCAACCCUGCCCUGAGGGCAUGAUCUGUCGGGGUGCUCGGGACAUCAUCUUCAAGAACACUUCUCUUGACAAAAGGCCUAGACGUCUUCAAGAGGACGCUAUGCAGCGCGUCGCAGACUUUUGCUCUUCCUUCGCUCUGACAAGUCUGGAGGAGUGCACGUCCAGAACGUACUGUGACAUCAACAUCGAGGACCUUGACUGUGAGCAUGCUCCGCCGGAGUUGAAGCCAGGUUAUUGGUCUGAUCCAGGAAAGCCGUUGUCAGUGUUCAAGUGCAUCGAUACUUUGCAGUGCCGCGGUGGUUGGCCCGGAUACGUUUGUGCGGCGGGGCGUCAGGACAUCGCCUGUGGCCGGUGCGAGGAUAAUCACUUCCCAGCAAGGCUUGGAUCCUGCCAGCAGUGCUCCGCAGACGACACAGUGCCUGGUUUGCUGGCGACAGUGGCUGUGGCUUUCCUCACCCUCUCGUUCGCGGCGUAUAUGCGAAUGGCCUUCGUGAGAAGCUCGAGAGCUACGAUCUCAAUGAUGCUCAUCGUGUCACAAGCAGGGGUUCUCGUCCAAACCUUGGGAGUUUUUCGAGAUCUUUCCCUCGCGUGGGAGGAGCCAGUGAGAAGCGUUCUAUCAUUGAUGCAGCUUGUGAACUUCGACUUGAGAUCUCUGCGUAUCGCGUGCUAUGUCGCUACAGAUGACCCGCUUAUGAUGAUGAUCACAAAGAUGCUUUUCAUUCCUUUCCUAGCCUCAUGCGGCGGUUUCCUGGGUGCUGCUGCGGCAUCUUGCAAGCGUGAACGCUUCACUUGGCCCAGCUAUCUCAAUGCUCUUGGCUUGGUGGUCAUGGUCUUGUACCUUACAAUCUGCAUGUCCAUGACACAACCGAUUCAUUGCACCUCAAAUCCCAACGGUCUUCAGACCAUGGUGACAGACCCGGCAGUGGUUUGUUGGGAACCGGAUCAUAUUCCUUUGGCUUUGUGCUCCUUGCUCGGCUUGGGGGUCUACGGCGCGGGAUUCCUGGCCUACAUCGUGCAGAUCGUGCUGCGAUACCCUGCGUUGGUCAGCAGGGGCUCUGGCUUGAAGUUGCUCACGAAGUACCGCUUCCUGUUUCACAGGUUCAAGGACAGUGCCUACUACUGGGGUCCCAUCUUCUUGCUGCAAAAGCUGGUGGCUGCUCUCGUGCCGAUCGUUUUUGCGAAUGCUGCUGCAGUGCAGAUUCUGACCCUGUCUGUGCUGCUGACCGUCUACCUGUCCAUGACGAGCAACGUGCUGCCCUGGGCCACACAUGUCGCGUGCUUGGGCGACAUCUUCCUCAACAUGGGCCUGCUCGUGUUUCUCACCGUCUCGGCCUUCCUGGUUGAGACAGCGACGCCCGAAACGAGGGUUGUGCUGACUCUCUUUCUGGUCGUUCUGCUUGUGCUGAUUGGCUUUGGCCUGUGCCUCCUGGCCGGCUUCUCCCUGUAUCGCCGACUCUGCCCCGGCAGGACAUACGAUGGCUUCCUGUGCCAUCACAAAGCGGGAGCUGGAGUUCUCUGCCGGUGGAUGAAGUCUGAGAUCCAGCGCCAGGCUCACAAAGCUAAGAUCUUCCUCGACUCUGAUGAACUUGAGGGGUUGGCGGACAUCGGGGACAUUGUCAAGCACCAGACUAGGACACUUGUAGUUGUGGCCACGAAAAUGACUCUGACGAGACCUUGGUGCGCAGUCGAAGUAGCGACGGCUAUGAGGAACAACGUCGGAGUGGUUCUUGUAAGAUGUUCAGACUUCGCCUUCUAUGAUGUCGAUGGCUUUGCAAGCCUGCGGGCAGGAUGGUCACCCUCGGACAUCAUGAUCUUUGCCCAGAGCGCUCUGGAUCCAGACCUUGUGGAGGACAGCUACAGAGCUUUGGAAAAGGCGCCGCUUCUUGAAUAUGAUGCGUUCGCGCCGCACCGAACACAAACGGCUCUGGUGUCGAACUUGCUUGAGUCAGUAAAAAUACAGCGCAGUUUCGUCGAGAAGACGCUGUCCAUGGAGGCAGAGGAUCCGGAUGCCGACAUACUGGUUGUUGGCUGCAUGGGCAGCUCCGAAGGUAGAGUUGCGUGCCAGGUGAUGAGGGACCUGGUCAUGGAGCGAACUCGCAAGAAUGUAUUGGUUGCCUACAACAAAGCAAGUGCAGUCAAUGCAGCACGGACUGCUCAUUGCAUCUUGGUGGUGCUCAUGUCUGGAAUUCUUCGCGACGACAAGUUUCUUGACAUACUGGAGGCCCUGGACAAGGCAUACUCAGCCGAUCAGCUGGAGAUUGUGAGUGCGCUGGCAGAUGCUCAAUUUGAAUUUCCGUCGGCGGACUAUUACCAGGAGAUCAGCAAACGUGGAGAGCAUCUUGUCCGUUCGGUUAAGCGACUGGUGAACAUCCUGGCUUUGCCCUUCUCACCGCUGACCUCAAUCAAGGUGCUGCGAGCUCAGGUGGAUGAAGUUUGCCGCCGCUUCCGCUUCAUCGAGGAUGAUCGACGGCGAGCGCCGCGGGUGGCCGAGAUCGAGGCCCGUGCCAAGUGCUUCGGUUGCAAGCUCUUUGACAUUCCAGGCACGCAGCUGUCCGCAUUGGGAGCGGAUGUAGUGGGCCUGGGUUUGCUCCCGGCCGCCGUCACUCGGAUUCGCUCGGCCAUGGCUGAGAAGGAUCUCCAGGGCGACCCGUGCCGAGUCGAGCUGAGAGACAGGCAGAUUUUGGAGCAGCAGUCAGUCAGAUCUGUAGCUGCUUUUCGGAAGCAGACUCAAACGAGCGGACAGCGGAUUCGAGUGAUGUUUGCCGAUGCCGGCGCUUCUGGUCCCUUGCCCGGCCCACCAUGCCAUAGUCAGGAUGGCAAUGGGAAAUUCCGAGCCAAUCUUUCCAUGGAUGGGCCCGAGCCGCAGAUGCUUGGAGGCUCAUCGUGCGGCUCUGAGAGUUGCGAGUGUGGCGAGGCGGAGUUUCACAGGGUGUUUCCUUCAACGCCACCAGGAACCGAGAAGAAGGCUCACAUCCCCGGGCUGUCAAAGAAGCUGGCACCGGUGCUGGAGUCAGAGGAAAUUCUCAGUAAUUGUCCCCUGGAGGAAGCAGCGCAUGGUAGUCUGAUGCCUCUGCUACACGCUUUGGUAGCAGAUCGCUUGGAGGAUGCCGUCACCGUCAAUUUCGCCGUCUACACCCUCAGUUUAGCUGACUGGCUUGGUUGCUCUGACUCCACUAUGGAGGGCUUGGCAUCUGCUGCAGCGCAGCACAGCGCAGAGAUGCCCCUGAUGAUCCAAGCCGUGCUGAAAGCAGAUGAGGCGAGCAAAAGCCUGGAGUGGGUUCUAAAACGAGGACUCCUCCUCCGCGAUGCAAGAGGCAUUGAGGCUUUGGCUACCCAUGCUGCCAAAGAGAUUUGGCGGAAUCUUUGCGGGCGAGCAGUUCUCCAGAGUCUGCUCAAUCUCGCAAGCCAAGAUCCCGACGGGCUCAGGCUCAGCCCCGCAGCUCACGCUGCCAUCGUCCUGGGCAUCCCUCCGCGGGAGGUCCAUUCCGUAUUGCCAUCGAAGCUCCGCUUCGGGCCCAGCGCUGAAAGCCUUUUCCUCGACUUCAGAAAGAAGGGUAUCGGACCCGAAGGAGCAGCACGGUUGGAGUUUCCAAGCCGGCUCAAAGAGCUUGACCUGGACUUAACCCGUUGCGGCAUCCGAGCUGUAGGAGCGGCUGGGCUGCGGCUGCCAGGGACUCUGGUGAGGUUGCGCCUCAUCUUGCAGAAGUGUGACAUCGGGCCCGAAGGAGCCAAGGCAUUGGUCCUGCCUCCGACUUUGGAGCGCUUGGAGCUGGACCUCUCGCAUUGUCUCAUCGGUCCGCUUGGAGCUUCCAAUCUUCAGAUACCACGGGGACUGGCUGAGCUGGACCUCAGCCUGCUGCGCUGUGGCGUGGGAGAUCGUGGUGCCAAGGCGCUCAACCUGCCGGAUAGCAUCCGGAAGCUGCGCUUGGACUUGGCCCGCUGCGAAAUUGGCGCUGAGGGCCUCAAAGGCCUGCGCCUGCCUGGGCGCCUGACCAGCCUGAUGUUGGAUCUGACAAUGUGUUCUGUUGGACCAGAGCAGCUCAAGGCGUUCAUAGCAACCUUGCCGAAGACUUUAGAGGCCUUGGAGAUGAGUUUGACCGGCUGCAAGGUGAAAGCGGCUUCUGUCUCGAUGCUCCAGCAGGCCGUGAAAGCUCGACUGCCGCUGAUUCCAAGUCCGACCUUGGUGGUCUAG